AUGGAAGAAGAUGAUGGUGCAUUGUCGGAAAUCGAGCCAGAUUCAGUACCGAAUGAAGUGCGAGACUGGCUAGCAAUGACAUUCACCCGAUCAAUGUCCACAAUCAAGCGACGACCAUCCGACAAACCGAAAUUCAAGAGUGUGGCACAGGCUAUACGCGCAGGAAUUAUGACGAUUAAUGAGUGGACGUUUGAUGUGUUUUCUGUCAACGAAUUUACCAGUGGUCAAUGUUUACGUUAUGUGGGUUUCGAACUUAUGCAACGGUAUAAUCUUCCGAAUAAACUACAUAUUUCAAUAACUGCAUUACAAAAUUUUCUCGAACAAAUGGAAAGUGGUUACAGUAAAUACCGCAAUCCAUACCAUAAUCUCAUUCAUGCUGCUGAUGUUCUUCAAACGACUUAUCAGAUCAUCUACAAUUCCGGUCUUAUGAAUUGGCUCAGCGACCAUGAACUAUUUGCUAUGUUCAUCGCGGCCAUCGUACACGAUUUCGAACACACAGGAACAUCGAAUAAUUUCCAUAUACAAUCGAGGUCGGACGUGGCCUUAAUUUACAACGAUCGUGCAGUUUUGGAAAACCAUCAUGUGAGUGCGGCGUUUCGACUGAUGCGUAUCGACGACUACAAUAUCCUUUCGGAAUUUUCUGCCGAUGAGUAUAAAAACUUUCGUCAUUUGGUCAUCGAAAUGGUUCUUGCCACAGAUAUGAGUUCACAUUUUGCUCAAUUGAAAACAAUGAAGAGUCUUCUGAGCAUGCCGGAAAAUAUCGAAAAAUCCAAAGCAUUGGCAUUAGUAUUGCACAGUGCGGAUAUCAGCCAUCCGGGAAAACCGUGGAGCAUUCAUUAUUCAUGGACGGAGUCAUUAAUGGAAGAAUACUUCAAACAAGGCGAAAAAGAGAAAGAACUUGGUUUACCCUGCUCACCAUUAUGCGACCGCGAUAAUACACUUGUUGCUGAGUCUCAAAUUGGUUUUAUUCAAUACAUCGUAGAGCCCUCGUUCGUUGUUAUGGGUGAUAUGCUUGAGAAAAUUUUGAAAUCAUUAUCUGUUCCCGAUUCUGAACUUCCAUCACCAUCCAUACCAGCGAAAAGCGUUAGUUCGUCACCCUCACCGCCACCAUCACCAAGGUCACUGAAUGACUCUAGUACUCAUCAAGAUGAACAACUAGAAAAUGGACGUGAGAGAAAGCCAUCUUCAAUGACAACACCCAUAUCUCGGCUAACUGUUGUUCGACGGCCUUGGACAGAAUAUUUGAAGGAAAAUCGUGAACGAUGGAUACGAGAAGCAGAAUUCUAUAUUGUUGAAUCAGGUGCUUCGAGUGCUGAUGCUAUCAAAAUCAUCGAUGAUAAGCGUGAACGAACUAGUCGACGGUUGAUAUUUACUAAAUCAAAUCGACGAAAGAAGAAAUUUGGUUGGAAUACUCUUCCGUUUAUACAAUCACUUGAAGCCAUCAUGUUAACGGAAUAUCAUUUGAGAAGACGAGCAAAGAUUAGACAAGAAAAGCCACCGUCUCUAUGGGAUUUCAUCCAAGAAAUUUACAAAUCCAUGCAGUUACUCUUUGAAUUAAUGGUCUCUUUUCCUAUGUACAUAUUAGGAAAACUUGGAAUAACGAAUAUCUUAUCCACUUUACUCGCUACGAAUAGUAUAUUCGGUCCAGCAAUGGUUGCUCUCUCGGUGGUGACAGUAUCUGCUUCUGUAGGUGUUGGAUUAGGCGUUGGCCUUGGUGUUGGAUUAACGUGUGCAAAGGAUGCUGUCAUGAAUACGACUAUGAAUGGAACAAAUACAACAAAUGCAACAAAUGCAACUGCUGUGCGAGAGUUAGACUUUUACGAUUACUCUUAG